GACCCUGUUUUGACUGCACUGCCUGAUCUCACUGCGGAGGCCGACGCUGCAAUGACCGAGGGCAUUGAAGACGCUGACCUCAUGCCCGGGGAGAGUGUGAGUUCUGCUCCCACUGCAGAUAUUUUUGAGGGGAAUGGUGUCUCCAGUCCAAAGCAAGUGCCAGCCUUCGUCAGGAACGUGCACCAGAGACUGACAGCCAGCGAGACUCUGGAAGAGAAGCUGCUGAGGGAGUUCCUGAGGGUGACUGAGGCACACCCUGAUGAUGUUGUGGUGACCCUCCUGCGCUGUGCCCCAUCAUGUGACAGAGCUGCUGCCACCAUGUGGAAGACCAUCGCCUCAUCGGCAAGGAUAAUGGAGAAGGUGCUGCCAAAGCUGCUCCGCGUGAUGGAGGACUGGCCACGGCACAGCACGUCCACCUCCGACGGGGACAACACACAUGUCUUUGGCCUGGCUGCAACCAGGGUGAUCUGGGAGAUUCUCCAGAUGCUGCAGUGCCCAGAGCCAGUGAAGAAGUAUUCCCCCCGUCUCCUCGUGGAUCUGCUCUUCCAGAUUUCCAUCCGCACAGAGCAGACACCAGAGGAAGUUGACACCUGGUGGAGGGAAUGCCAGAAGCAAUCCAACCUUCCCACAGACUCCAAGAGGUUUGCAGUGCUGACCACCAAGGCCCUGCUUUGUCAUCUGGAGUGUGAAGCUGUCGUGCUUUCAAUGGAACGGAAGCGCGGCUGGGACACACUCCUCAACUCUGACACCCACCACUAUGCAGUGGGUCUGCUGGCCAGGGAGAUGCGCCGUGCCUCAAGCCCCUUGUAUUACUGGAUUGCCCGCUGCCUGCUGAGGCUGCUCACCAGGGAGAAGCCACGCUGGGAGCUUCCUGCCAUGGCAUUCCUUGUGGAGGUCCUGGACUGCCUGAACACCACUGAAUGGAGUGACAGCUUGGUGAAGAUCUUUUCAAGGCGCCUGCAGAGCAAGCGCACAGAGAUGCGUCGCCUGGUGCUCAGAGGCCUCGUGGUGCUGAGCAAGGAUCCUGUGAUGGCUGACGGCAUGCGGACCCUGGCACCAAACCUCGCGGAUGUCCUGUGGGAUACAGACGGAGAGCUGGUCAGGAUGGCCCUCUCUGUACUCGUCAAUGAAAUCCAGGACAGAGACAUUCGAAUCUCCACCCCCACUGCCCUGCAGCUGGCGGAGAUGCUCCAGCCACUCUUUGGCAAUGACAACAUCCAUGUGCAGCUGCUCUCCAUUUCCCUCUUCCAAAAGGUGAUGGAGUUGGGAGUGGAGGAGAGUAAACUCCUGAAGACCCACGUGAUCUCCAGCCUGCUCCCACUUUUUUUCCAAUGGCAUAAUGAGAACCGGGACGUGGCAGAAGCCUCUCGGGAAGCGCUGCUUCGUGCGGCGCGGUUUCUGAAGAGGAGGGGUCUUGUGAAGGUGCUGAAGGCAGAGCAGCCUUGGAGGUUCAGUGAGUGCCUGCUGAAAAGGGACCGGAGCCGAGUGGUCCAGUACGUGCACCAGGCCCUGCCGCACCUGCGCAGCCCACAGCAGCCCCUGCGAGAGGCGGCCCUCAAGUUCAUGGGGAUGGCCGGAAGGUACCUGAAGGGACAUCAGCUCCAGCUGCAGAUCGUCAUUGAGGUUAUUGAAGGCAUGACUCACGACAGUGCUGCUGUGGAAAGUCUGGCACUUCAAACCCUGGAGAUCCUAAGAGCUGUCUAG